AUGUCCACUCUUCUCCGCCCGCCACUGCUACAUCAUCACUUCCUGUUUGCGAGACUUCUGGGUACCGCUGCGCCUCGCACACGCUCAGUAGAGCCGUCACCAGCCGCCACCUGCAGCAGGGGUCAUGACCCCGGUGACCUUCAGGUGACCCCUGACCCCUGUGCGUUGACCUUUGAGGACCCGCAGGCCUUCCGGGUCAAGAGCGUCUGGGAGCUACUGAGGGCUCUCACCGUCUUCAGAUUCUGCUCUUAUCCAACACUGGUCAACCACUGUGGCAAGCUCAUGUCAUUGGCUCGCACCCUGCUGGGUAGGCGGGGUUUCUCCCUGUUUGUCCGGCCCACUGUCUACGCCCAGUUCGUUGCCGGCGAGACGGAGGCUGAGAUCUCGGUUGCCAUGGAGAAGAUGAGCUCACUAGGACUCCGCCCCAUGCUGGCUGUGCCCAUCGAAGAGGACCUGGGGGAAAGCAGCGGGGAGCAUCGCUAUGACAACAACUUGGCGUCCAUGUUGGAAUGCGUGAGGAUCUCCCAUAGCAACCGCUGGAGCACAGACCCCAUGAUGCAGCUCAAGAUCACGGCCCUCAUCAGCCCAGAGCUGUGUGUGAAGCUGACCUCCCUGAUGAAGGAGCAGCAGUACGACCUGGAGCUGCUGGUCAGGGCCAUGAGUGGAGAGCCAAUCAGCUUCCCCGGCCUGCUGGAGAGUGAGAACACCCACUUCCUGCUUGGCCUCCGCAGACUGGACCAGAUUGCACAGGCCAGUGUAAACAGGGUGCGUGUGCUGGUGGAUGCGGAGUACACCUAUAUGAACCCCGCCCUCUCCCUCGUUACCAUGGCGAUGAUGAAGAAGUUCAACCAGGAGAGCGCCUGGAUCUGGAACACCUACCAAUGCUACCUCAAGGCUUCUCGUUCUCUCCUGCUAGAGGAUAUCCGAUUGGCUCAUCACCACUCCUUCUGUUUCGGGGUGAAGUUGGUGCGAGGGGCCUACAUGGACAAGGAGAGGAAACUGGCCAAUCAGGAGGGCCGGUCAGACCCCAUCCACCAAUCAUGGGAGGACACCAAUUACAGUUAUAACGGCUCUCUGGACGUGAUGUUGGACCUCAUCUCCCAGAAUCCUCAGCGGUAUCGCAUCAUCGUGGCCACACACAAUGAGACUUCAGUUAGACACGCCGCCACAUGCAUGGGUGAGCUGGGUGUCCAGAGGGGCGGGGGCUCGGUGUGUUUUGGGCAGCUGAUGGGGAUGUGUGACCACGUGUCUCUAACGCUGGCUCAGUUGGGGUUCUCGGUGUAUAAGUCGGUUCCGUACGGUUCCGUGGACGACACGCUGCCGUACCUGGUGAGGAGGGCGCAGGAGAACCGGACGGUACUGCAGGGCAUACGCAAGGAGAGAGACCUGCUGAGACUGGAGCUGAGGAGGAGGAUAGGGGAGGGGGCUAGAGGAGGAGGAUAGA